CCGGGAGAGGAGAGCUGGGCGCUCCCAGCAGCUACAAUCCUACUGACUGGCCUCCCAGCUCUUAGCGCUGACUUGUAUCCCUCUGACUAUAGGGAUGGGACCCCCCUUGCCCCCGAGCAGCUUUAUCGGACUGUAACGAGAGAUCUAUCCGGCGCAAGGGCAAGUUUUCCCGUUUGCACCAGCGCUUCAGUAUGAGAUGCAGCGGCAGCAGCGUGUGAUCCUCCCGGGCGCGCACAGGGGACACUAUGGAAUGCGCUGCCCCCGCUAUGAUCCUCCGCCGCCCAAACUUUACCCGACGCCCUUUGUACCACUGUCGGCCGGGGGCUGCCGCGCGCAACAGUUGUGCGACUUCUUGCUGAACUCUCCCGGCCCGUGUGGCCUCCAGUAGCGGCGCAGGAUGAAAGUGUUCCGCAGGAAGGCGAUGAUUCUGUGCCUGGGCUACAUUCUGCUGCUGGUUCUCACUAUGCUCAACCUGAUGGACAAGUGGCACAAGGAGCCGCAGCAGUGCAACGAGCAAGUGCGCUACACCCCCUACCAGACCCGCUCCGAUAUCCGCUAUCUGUACCGGACCUCCCCGCCCAAGAAGCGCCAGCUGGUCUAUGUGUUCACUACGUGGAGGUCGGGCUCGUCGUUCUUUGGGGAACUCUUUAACCAGAACCCCGACGUCUUCUUCUUGUACGAGCCCGUGUGGCACGUGUGGCAGAAACUGUACCCGGGAGAUGCCAUGUCGUUACAGGGGGCGGCCCGGGACCUGCUCAGCGCCCUCUAUCGCUGCGACUUGUCCGCUCUGCAGCUUUAUAACACGGCCGGGGCCAAGAACAUCAGCACCCUGGGAAUAUUCGGGGCGUCCACCAACAAGGUCAUCUGCUCGUCCCCCAUCUGCUCGGCUUACAGCAAAGACACGGUGGGGCUGGUGGAUGACAAAGUGUGUAAGAAGUGUCCCCCCCAGAGCCUGAGUCUGCUGGAAGAAGAGUGCCACAAGUAUAACACCAUCGUCAUCAAAGGGGUCCGGAUAUUUGACAUUAACGUGCUGGCUCCUCUCAUGGAAGACCCCUCCUUGAACCUGAAGGUCAUUCAUUUAGUCAGGGACCCCCGAGCAGUCGCCAACUCCCGCAUUAAGUCCAGGCAUGGCCUCAUAAGGGAAAGUCUGCAGGUGGUUCGCAGCAGAGACCCCAGGAUCCGUAGGGUUCCCUUCAUAGACCCUGGCCACAAACUCAACAAAAAGGACGGCUCAGACUAUCAUGCCAUAGGGGCUAUGGAGGUGAUCUGCAGCAGCAUGGGCAAGACCCUCAGGACUGCUCUAAACCCACCCAGCUGGCUCAAGGAUAACUACAUGGUGGUUAGGUAUGAGGAUCUGGUGGUGGAUCCCAUUAAGACUUUAAGGCAAGUCUAUGGCUUUGUAAACCUUUCAGUAAGUCCAGAGAUAGAGAGGUUCUGCCUGAACAUGACCAGUGGUCCUGGCUACUCCUCCAAACCUUUUGUGGUCUCUGCUCGCAAUGCUACCCAGGCUGUGAGCGCAUGGAGGACUCUGCUCACCUUCCUACAGGUCAGGCAGGUGGAAGAGUACUGUCAGAUCCCCAUGGAUAUUUUAGGCUAUGAUAUAGUGAGAAGCCAAGACGAGGUGAAAGAUCUCAGCAAGCCAUUGCUUAGGAAACCCUUGCUAUAAAGAGACUCUAAGGUAUCUCAUGGGUCAAGGGACACGGGCCCGGACUGGCAAUCUGUGGGUUUUGGCAAAUGCCAGAGGGGCUGCUGUAAGAUGCCAUAGAAAGUAACUAUUAAGUGGGCUGGUGGGGGCUGUUUGGGUCUCUGUGUACUUGGAAUGCCAGGGCCUAUUUUGAAUCCCAGUCCAGACCUAUAGGGACACAUUGCCUGCAAAACCACAUGAUUUCAAGUAACUGUUACCCAAAUUCUGAAAAGUCUAUAAAAAAAAAAAAA